AUGGCGCCGCAGUCCGGUGAGUCUUGUAUUUCUGAAUCAUCCCCCCUCCCUUGCGUACCGGAUCGUUUGCACUCUUCCUCGCCGAGCUGCACUGUCGAUUCCGCCCGUUCCUUUUUGCCGCGAGGUCAACCGCAAGGUCAACCGCAAGAGCAUUAUCGCCUUCCGCUGCCCAUGGCCGUCGUCAUCAUGCCCCUGAAAAGAAAGUUUGCCGAAGUUGACGCUCCUCCCACAGCCGUACCACCCUCGCUUCCCCCCUCUGUCGAAGAGGCCUACCGUCGCAAAUGCGUCCAGCUCAAAAAUCGCACAAACGAAGUCGAGGACGCCAACGACGCCGCUCGACUGCGCCUCGCCCGGAUAAAGCGUCAGGUCGAGAAGCUACGGAUCGAGAGGGCAUUUCUGCUUGAGCAGCUUGCCAAGCGGACGAGCACCAACGUGGAGGAUUCCGAGGGCAGCCCCAGCCCUCCUCCCACGCUGGCCGAAUUCCGAAGCGAGCUGGAUGCUAACCCCCGGAAGCCCAAGGACAAGCCUCUACGGAUCAAGAAGGGUCAUCGAAAGAGUGCCGCCAAUGACGCCGAGUCGAAGCCCGGCACGUCCAAAGACCCUGCGUCGCCAAACUCCGGAUCCCAGUCUCACCCCCCCGAAGGUCGGUCCAAGGACGGUAAGUCGGCGGCGAACGGGGUCGGCAAGCCAUCGAAGAAUCCUCGCAGCGCCUUCGAAGCCUACUGCCUCGAGGCCCGGCCCGCGCUGAAGGCCAAGAACAAGGACGAAGAUGUGAAUAUUGAGGAAGAGCUCGCACGCGAGUGGGAGAAUCUGCCAGAAGCUGAGAAGGAUGAAUUUCGGGUCAAGUUUGAAGAGGAGUCCAAAAAUCAGCAGGAAAAGGCCGGCAAGGAUGGCUCGGAGUCCAAAAAGAAAGAGGACCGAGGUGGGGAUGGUAAGGACGACAAGCCGGAGACACAGGACGAGGACGUCGAGAUGGCCAACUACGACACGGAGGACCAAGAGACGCAGGUGGACAAGGACGGAGACGACUAG